GGAGUGCUGGAGUAGAUUUAGGUUAGCUAUGGUUCACAUGAAUUAAGAAGAGUUUCUUUUGUUAUGUAGGAGAUACAGAUGGGGGGCAGGUAUUUAUAAGGUUCUUUCCAGCAAGUUCUGGAUGAUUGAAUUUGCUGCAAAACAUUCCUGAAACGUGACACAAGAAGAAGAAUCUUCAAUAGAAAGCAGUCACCCUACUGUCAUCUCUCAGGGUGACCACAUGUCACUGUCUUCCUCAUCGUUUGCAUCAAAUACUGGACAAACCUAAGUGUGCAACAAGAAAUAAGUGUUUACACAGUAACUACUCUCUCCAAUGGGAGGGCUGAGAUUUAAGCACCUCUACUGGGGGAGCUUUGUUGAGUCUGGGGGAAUAUUCCAGUCAGCGUUAAUAAUCUUCCUUCUGAUUCCAUGUUCCUUGACUGCGGUGGAUUAUAGGGCAGCGCCAAUUUUGCCAAAUGAGACUUUCCUUUGGGUCUGGAAUGUCCCAACUGAAGCUUGUAUUGGAGCAUUUAAUCACUCAAUAGAUUUGAGCCUCUUCCCUUUAAUCGGAAGUCCCCGAAAAACUGCCACAGGGCAAGCUGUCACAAUAUUUUAUGCUAACCAACUUGGAAAAUAUCCAUAUAUAGAUAAGAAACAAGCAGAAGUGUUUGGAGGAAUACCUCAGGUGGGAAAUUUGCAAGAGCAUUUGGACAAAGUUAAGACUGACAUUGAGCAUUAUAUUCCAGUAGACCAAUUGGGCUUAGCUAUCAUUGACUGGGAAGAAUGGAGGCCUACCUGGGCACGAAACUGGACACCCAAGGAUAUUUAUUGGAACAAGUCUAUUCAGUUGGUACAGACCCAAGAUCCAGGUAUGAACAUUACACAAGCCACCAAGAAAGCCAAAGAGGAAUUUGAAAAGGCAGCAAGAAAGUUCAUGGAAGAGACAUUAAAACUGGGUAAAAGACUUAAGCCUCGAUACUUAUGGGGAUUUUAUCUUUUUCCUGAUUGUUAUAACAAUAAUUAUUUAAAGCCAGGCUAUGAUGGAAAAUGUCCUAGUAUAGAAAUAGAAAGAAAUAAUGAUCUUGGCUGGAUAUGGAAAGAAAGCACUGCCCUUUACCCAUCGACCUAUCUGAGGAGUGAAUUGAAAUUAUCUCCAAAUGCAAAACUCUACAGUCGCUACCGUAUAUUGGAGGGCAUCAGGACUUCUAAAGUGCAUGGGGAAAACAAUCCACUUCCCGUCUUUCUGUAUACACGCGUUGUUUUUACUAACCAAGUCUGGGAAUUCCUUUCUAUUAAUGACCUUGUGAGUACAAUUGGUGAAGCGGUUGCACUGGGGACCAGUGGAAUUGUAAUAUGGGAUUCUCUAUAUAUAGCACAACGUGCACAGGUGAACAGGUUGUCAACCCUCCAUAAAUACAUGAGGACUACCCUGAAUCCGUACAUAAUCAACGUCACCCUAGCAGCCAAAAUGUGCAGCCAAACACUUUGCAGUCAUCGAGGCAUCUGCACAAGGAAAGAUGUGAAUUCGGAUCACUAUAUUCAGUUGAAUCCAAAGAACUUAGAAAUUAAACUUUUGAAAAAUGGGAGUUUUGAAGUAGUUGGCAACCCCACGGUUGGAGACCUGAAGUACUUUUCUGAGCACUUUAAAUGCAACUGUUUUACCAACAUGGAUUGUAAAGAGAGAUCUGACAUUGAAAAUGUGGAAAAUGUUAAAGUGUGCACUGCAAACGGUAUUUGUAUAGAUACCCGUGUAGAACCAGACCAAGCAUUCUGUCUCUUACCUGGAAAAAGCUUUCUCUUUUUCAUAGCCAUCACUCACAUACUCUAUCAUCUGCUCUAGGGGCCCUUGAAUUUCCUAGGGAAGCUAUCUGUGGGUGCCCCUUAGUUAUAU